AGGAGGAGGAGGAGGAGAGAGGAGGAAGAGGGGCUCCUUCAGACAGACCCAGAGAACCAAAAGUGGCAGAUUGAGACGAUGUCGGCCCGGCGCCUCGCCAAUUCUCUGCCCCGCACCGGACGCAGACUUCACCCCCGUGGCCUCAGACAACACCAAAGCUCUCCUGAGGGAGGUCGGCAAUCACAGAGACUUUGGCCAAUUCCUUCAUGCCGACUUUCACUGGACCGCACCCUGCACCAGCCUCGCCAAUCCCCACUGCGUCCGGUAUACGUUUGAUGUCGACGGCGUCAUGAUCCAGUUGCGUCACACGAGGGGCAUGGUUGCAGAGAUCUAUUUGAACCUGUCCCGUGUGGUUGCCACGCUGCAGCCCAGAAGGCGUGGCGGCACUUAGAAAUUGCCUGGGCCACAAAAUAUCAAACGUUGAAGGCGGCUACGUCCUGACGCUCUACGCCGUCCCCAGCAGCCUGACAGAGCCGGACUUCAGCCUGAAAAAUCCAAGCUUGUAUGGCACACUUGCGGCCGAACUGCUAAAUGAGGUAACUGAGAGUUUUUCCGACCCUUCAACCACCUGCCAGAGAAGGACAUGACCCGCCCCACUGUCCAGAAGCAACCCACCACCAACCCUGCGUCCCACCGAGAGUAUGGACGUGGGCCAGGCCAUUGCGAGCGUGCUGUCGAAGACGGGCAGGACAACCUUCCUACAGAUGUACGCCCAUCCAUUGCAACCAUCCUUUCAAACAUCAGGGCAGUGCAGUGCUGGUCACUUGCGGCUUGAGCCACCCAGACUCCAAGGCUUCCCUUACCAGCAGGGCGCUCUCUUACCUGGUGCAUGUCCGGGACUUGACGCUUUGCCCCUAUGACUUUGACCCGACAGAGGUUUUUUUUUUUUUUUUUUUUUUCUUUUCUUUAAAGUGGACCUGUCUGCUCUGCAAAAGCUCUUCCAGGACCAUGUGCUGCCGGUGCCCCUCUGGAGCUGGACGUACUCUACAAGCUGUCCCACAGACAGGCACCUUUAUCCUGGCUGCACGUGGGAGUGGUCACGCAGCUGGCCCAAGAGGUGCAAUCAGUGUGAGCCACAGGAAGUCAGAGGGAGGAGAGCCACAUGAGGCAGCAGCAGCUGCGUUUCACAGAGGAGAUCUCGAUCUUCGAGAGAGCAGGUCAGGAGAGGAUGGAGGGCGAGGAGGCUCCAAGCCACAGGCCCAGACUGGGCCCAGAACUGAGCUGGACGUACUCUACAAGCUGUCCCACAGACGGAGGAGGAGGAGGAGCAGGAGGAGGGGAAAAAGACGCCGACGCCGUACUAGGGGAACAGGAGGAGGAGGAGGAGGAGGAGGAGGAGGAGGAGAGAGGAGGAAGAGGGGCUCCUUCAGACAGACCCAGAGAACCAAAAGUGGCAGAUUGAGACGAUGUCGGCCCGGCGCCUCGCCAAUUCUCUGCCCCGCACCGGACGCAGACUUCACCCCCGUGGCCUCAGACAACACCAAAGCUCUCCUGAGGGAGGUCGGCAAUCACAGAGACUUUGGCCAAUUCCUUCAUGCCGACUUUCACUGGACCGCACCCUGCACCAGCCUCGCCAAUCCCCACUGCGUCCGGUAUACGUUUGAUGUCGACGGCGUCAUGAUCCAGUUGCGUCACACGAGGGGCAUGGUUGCAGAGAUCUAUUUGAACCUGUCCCGUGUGGUUGCCACGCUGCAGCCCAGAAGGCGUGGCGGCACUUAGAAAUUGCCUGGGCCACAAAAUAUCAAACGUUGAAGGCGGCUACGUCCUGACGCUCUACGCCGUCCCCAGCAGCCUGACAGAGCCGGACUUCAGCCUGAAAAAUCCAAGCUUGUAUGGCACACUUGCGGCCGAACUGCUAAAUGAGGUAACUGAGAGUUUUUCCGACCCUUCAACCACCUGCCAGAGAAGGACAUGACCCGCCCCACUGUCCAGAAGCAACCCACCACCAACCCUGCGUCCCACCGAGAGUAUGGACGUGGGCCAGGCCAUUGCGAGCGUGCUGUCGAAGACGGGCAGGACAACCUUCCUACAGAUGUACGCCCAUCCAUUGCAACCAUCCUUUCAAACAUCAGGGCAGUGCAGUGCUGGUCACUUGCGGCUUGAGCCACCCAGACUCCAAGGCUUCCCUUACCAGCAGGGCGCUCUCUUACCUGGUGCAUGUCCGGGACUUGACGCUUUGCCCCUAUGACUUUGACCCGA